CCCGCCUGCGUGCCUGCCCCCCCAGCUGGAACCAAGAAGGCUGUGUCCCCCUUCCUCUGGGUAUCCUUGUCUCCUGCUAUCAGGUCUUCCCCUUUCUUGGUCAUCGAUCUCUAGAGCUCUGGCUCUUUCUCUUCUUGGGGAACUGCUUAACGUCCACAGCAAGGCCUAAUAGGGGACCUGAGGUGACAGCUCUCAUGUUGCCAGUAGGGGGCACAGUCCUCAGGAUGUUUCGGGGAGAAUAGGAGCCAGAACCUCAGCCCCUAAGCCAUUCCCCUCACCAGUGAUGGGGUCCCCAGUGAGUCAUCUGCUGGCCGGCUUCUGUGUGUGGGUCGUCUUGGGCUGGGUAGGGGGCUCAGUCCCCAACCUGGGCCCUGCUGAGCAGGAGCAGAACCAUUACCUGGCCCAGCUGUUUGGCCUGUACGGAGAGAAUGGGACGCUGACUGCAGGGGGCUUGGCGCGGCUUCUCCACAGCCUGGGGCUAGGCCGAGUUCAGGGGCUUCGCCUGGGACAGCAUGGGCCUCUGACUGGACGGGCUGCACCCCCAGCUGCAGACAAUUCCACGCACAGGCCACAGAACCCUGAGCUGAGUGUGGAUGUCUGGGCAGGGAUGCCUCUGGGUCCCUCAGGGUGGGGUGACCUGGAAGAGUCAAAGGCCCCUCACCUACCCCGUGGGCCAGCCCCCUCGGGCCUGGACCUCUUUCACAGGCUUCUGCUGCUGGACCACUCAUUGGCUGACCACCUGAAUGAGGAUUGUCUGAACGGCUCCCAGCUGCUGGUCAAUUUUGGCUUGAGCCCCGCUGCUCCUCUGACCCCUCGUCAGUUUGCUCUGCUGUGCCCAGCCCUGCUUUAUCAGAUCGACAGCCGCGUCUGCAUCGGAGCUCCGGCCCCUGCACCCUCAGGGGAUCUACUAUCUGCCCUGCUUCAGAGUGCCCUGGCAGUCCUGUUGCUCAGCCUCCCUUCUCCCCUAUCCCUGGGGCUGCUGCGGCUCCUGGGACCUCGUCUACUGCGGCCCUUGCUGGGCUUCCUGGGGGCCCUGGCCGUGGGCACUCUUUGUGGGGAUGCACUGCUACACCUGCUACCGCAUGCACAAGAAGGGCUGCACACAGGACCUGGCGGAGUACCAGAGAAGGACCUGGGCCCGGGGCUGUCAGUGCUCGGAGGCCUCUUCCUGCUCUUUGUGCUGGAGAACAUGCUGGGGCUUUUGCGGCACCGAGGGCUCAGGCCAAGAUGCUGCAGGCGAAAACAAAGGAAUCUCGAAACACGAAACUUGGACCCGGAGAAUGGCAGUGGGAUGGCCCUUCAGCCCCUACAGGCAGCUCCAGAGCCAGGGGCUCAGGGCCAGAGGGAGCAGAACAGCCAGCACCCACCAGCCCUGGCCCCUCCUGGGCACCAAGGCCACAGUCAUGGGCACCAGGCUGGCGCUAUCACAUGGAUGGUCCUCCUGGGAGAUGGUCUACACAACCUCACUGAUGGGCUGGCCAUAGGUGCUGCCUUCUCUGAUGGCUUCUCCAGUGGCCUCAGUACCACCUUAGCGGUCUUCUGCCAUGAGCUGCCCCACGAACUGGGUGACUUUGCCAUGCUGCUCCAGUCAGGGCUGUCCUUUCGGCGGCUGCUGCUGCUGAGCCUCGUGUCUGGAGCCCUGGGAUUGGGGGGUGCAGUCCUGGGGGUGGGGCUCAGCCUGGGCCCUGUCCCCCUCACUCCCUGGGUGUUUGGGGUCACUGCUGGGGUCUUCCUCUAUGUGGCCCUUGUGGACAUGCUACCAGCCCUGCUUCGUCCUCCGGAGCCCCUGCCUACGCCCCAUGUGCUCCUGCAGGGGCUGGGGCUGCUGCUGGGGGGUGGCCUCAUGCUUGCCAUAGCCCUGCUGGAGGAGCGGCUACUGCCCGUGACCACUGAGGGCUGACCGGGCCAGUGGAAAGGGGUUGGGUUGCCCUUCCUUCCCCCCAGGCACAGGAAUGGAGGCGGGACACAGGGCCAGUAGGAGCAAUAGGAUUUUAAUAAACAGAACCCAUCCCAAA